UGUCAUUUUUUUGGCUUCUCUCUGAUUGGCUGAGGGGGAGAGAGAGGGAGAGAGAGAGAGAGAUUGGCUCUCUCUCUCCUUCCCUCGCGUUCUCUUUCUCUCUGUCUCUCUCUCUCUCUCUCCUUCUCUCUCUCUCUCUCUCUCCUUCUCUCUCUCUCUCUCUCUCCUUCUCUCUCUCUCUCCUUCUCUCUCUCUCCCUCUGUCUCUCUCUCUCUCUCGGGGGGCGUGUCGGAGCGCGCUGUCAGUAGCGGUGUUUUCCUCUUUAAAAUGGCUGCAGUAGAAAACAGAAGAAUUUAAAAUAGAAACAGAAAAGUCUCCAGUCUGUGUCUGUGGUUCGUGUCGGGCUGAGGCAGAUUCUACUGGAUUCUACUGAGACAGAAACUUUUCAAUGAACUGCACCAGGGUCCUCCACAUCCUGAACCCUCGCCCCGGGGGUUCCUCUCCCAUCAUUCCUGUCAACAUGGCUGUGAGGAUCUGCCUGGCCAGCUCUCCUCCCCUGCGUUCCUUCCUUGGUAACUAUGAUAACUGCUGUUCAUCAUCAGCAGCUGCUCUGCUGCAACACUGCGAACCGCUACGACCGUGUCUUAGCAGCAACGUAACCAUGGCAACCACAACCUCACCAUCAGCGGCCAGGGAGAUCAGCAGCAGCUCGGGGAGGACGAGGAGGAGGAAGAAGAAUGUGGUGUUUGCUGACUCUCGAGGUUUGGCUCUCACUGCCAUCCAUGUUAUCGACGAGGCCGAGAACGACCCGCUGACUGAGCUGCAGUUCCAUCUGACUGAGAUAGAGGGCGCCACCGCUGCACUACACCUGGGAGGCAACAAAGAUGUUGCAGAUUGUGGUUCAGGCCUGGUUCUGGACUUCACCCAGCCAGCUGCAGACUAUCUAGACCUGAGGAACCGGCUCAAAGCCCAGCAGGUUUGUCUGGAGACCUGUUCUGUCCAGGAGCGCAUUCUCUCAGGCACUGUACAGGUCCGAAAUAUCUGCUUUGAGAAGUCCAUCUCUGUUCGGAUUACCUUUGACUCCUGGUGCUCCUUUCAGGAUGUUCAGUGUCGCUACCUGAACAACGUCUAUGGCUGCCCCGACACUGACACCUUUUCCUUCUUGGUCUCAGUGCCGGAGCUCCUUGAGCCCUCCAAAAGAGUAGAGUUCUGCAUUCAGUACCAGACUGAAGACCAGACCUUCUGGGACAACAACCAUGGGAACAACUAUGGGCUGGUGGUGGCGGACCCAAAUGGCAGCCCAAAUCGGAGCACUGAGAGUACAGUGGGGCUGGAAAUUCAGAGAGACGGCGUUGGAGAGCAGAGGGAGGAGAUGGAGUUUGAUCCCUUUGGUAGUCCCAGGACGUCAGCAGGAAUCUUCCCUGAGUGGCAGAGCUGGGGUCACAUAGAGACUACUGCCCCCUACUGGUGAGACCACAACAGGACAUUUUUGAUGUUGCACUCACUCUGUGAUCUUGUUGUUCAGAGAUUCACAGGACCUUCACAUGAGCACCUAACAACCACAUCAUAGGGGAUCCCGGUGUGGUUGUGUAAUACACUAUGGUCUUUCACUUGAGUCACUUCAGCUCCCUAAAAUUAAUUAUUUUAAGUGUUUAUGAAAGAAGAGUGUAACCUCUGGAUGACUAACUCUGGCACACCUGGGUUUCAUACUCCCAGACUGACUUGAAGUACCAAGACUGGCCCAAGUGGUUCCAGGUGCAAACUUGAGCUGAUGAUCUUUUAAAAUAUCCCAGCUCGACACCUGAACCAUUUAUGAAGCCUUAUAAGCUCCAUCUUCAGCCAACACUCAGCCACAGCUGGACUGGCUCACCAGGGAUUGACUCAUUGGAAAAGAUACAGAGAAUCAGGAGUCUUGAAAGCUUUGUAAAAGCCCCCAAAUGAUUUGUCAACCUUCACAAUGAUCCACUAUAUGAUCUGUAAAGCUUCAGAUGAUCCACACAAAUGUAUGUGCUUUCCUAAAACCUCCCAAAGAUUAAUGAUGAGUCAAGUUCUUACAUGUGCCUCACAAAGCUCCACAAGGCUUCAUUAUUCAUAAUCUUCAUACAGAGGUUUUGUAGGAGUGCUUUGAAUAAAGCUUCCAUUGAUUUUGAUUAAACAUCACAAGGCUUUGUGUUCUUCAUAGCAGCUGAGCAACCAGGUCCUUCUAUUGAGAAUUCAUCAAUAUCAGGAUGAUUGAUCAACAGAAGAUUUAUGUGUUCAGGUCAAAGGAUGUGACAUGUUCCUAAAGUUCCCUCUUCAUUUCCUGCAUUUUCAACUAGAGACCUCCCAUCUCUUCUCUCUCCCCCACCAUGACAGCUCAACUGAAGCCCUUUAGGAUGUCAAAGUCCUGAAACAGCUGUCAGUCAAGACCAGCAACAUGGCUUCAAGCCCUGAAACACCAGCCUGAAACCUUGUGUUGAGAAUAUUCCAGAUGCCUGAAAUCAGUCAAACAUUUAGUGUUAGACUGUUGAGUCUUGUUUGUUUGUUAAACCUUGAUGCCUUCAGGCUCAGUUCAGCUUUGAUGAUCUUUAACAUCGAGACCUAAAUCCAAAAACCUCACCUGGCUCAGUUUGGGUCUUGAGCAUGGCUGAAACCAAAUGUCCGAACUUCCCUGCACCUACACACGAACUUGGCAUUUGGAUUCAGUCCAGUCUGAAAAGUUCUUUUAUUCCUUUUUGGGGUUCUGUAGAAAUGUUUAUUCCCCUGAGGACCAAUUCUUUAUAUUUGACUUGUCAAUUGCUUGACAAGACUGACACAAGCAGAAUGAGCAAAUAGUUAAACUGCUAUGAAUUCAGAGUGAACUGAGCCAACCCCUGUCUCAGGGUCUGUUCAAACAGAAACCACUGUGAAGUUUCUGGACUGUUGGAGUUUCAGUCUACGCUAAACACACCAAAACUCAGAGAGAGGAACCUGCACAUAUCUGAUCAUUUUCUGUCCUCACAUUGGAGUUUAUAAAUUUAGUGUUCAACACAUUUGGUGUUAAACAUCACCAUCGUGGUGGUGUGAGCAAAACAGGUAACUUUACAAGGAAAGAUUUUGAUGGUGUCACGACCAAACCGCCUUGCAAGACCUCUAUCUUGGAGACUAUGCAGAAAAUAAGAAUUACUCACUUCUGUAUGUUCCCAGUUUGGAUUCUGUUUUCAGACUAAAGGUUUCUCUAAAGUGGAACCAGGGCUGUAGUACGAGAGUCCGGUCUCAAGACAUUGUUUCUAUUAUCUCACACUCGUCUCUGUCUUAGAGGGGUUUUGACUCGAAUUUGCUGUCCUCUGUACCUAUGAAACCAUGGAUAGAUUGUAUUUGUGGCAACCUCCUUCCCCCUCCCGUUCUAAAAGAUGCUAACUGUGCUAAAGAGGUAUAUCUGGUAUUUCUGUGCCCCUGGUAGAAAGUAGUUACAGAACAACCUGAGUUCUUCUUGGUGUUGCUAUGCAGUUUAGUAUCCCACUGUACUCUUGCUGUCAUGGUAACUGCUAUAAAUGGAGAUUGGUCAAGUUAAACCUGCACUUCCUGUUAGCUCUUGUAGCCAUACCAUUUUAAAAGCUUUUAAAAAUCCACUUCCAGUGCUCUUACCCUGAUAGUGUGUGUAUGCGUUUAUUUGUUUGUGUGUGUCUGUGCUUUGGAGACUGAAGGAAAAAGUAAAGUAUUUAAAUUGAAUGUGGGAUUUCAUGUUGUCAGUCUGUAACUCUGACUCAAAGUCAUUUCAGAGUCUUGAGCUUUGUCUAUGUGGAUCUGCCAGAAGUCUAAAUGUUUGAAUGGCCUUGUGCUGCGUUCAUGUCACGUCGAUCUGAAGGUGAGGGUAUUUAAUGAGUUUUUAGGGACAGUUUUUAUUUAUAACAAAUGGUUCCGCUAGUUCUGUCUCAUUCACUGUGAAGAUGCUCAUAGAAAGUUUGACUUUAUUCACAUCAGAGCAGAAAUAUGAGGCUUGGUCAGUGAUUACCACUCCAGUCUUCAAGGUGGCGCUGUACUGAGCUGCUCCGCCUUAGCUAUGGUGCUUCACUUGAAGCUUCUGACUGUUAAAACUCUUGUCUUCAUGUGAAGCUGAUCAUUGUCCAGGGGGAGCUCUGUCCACACCCCACCACACAGCAGCAGUAGUCUAGAUGGGGGUUUUCUACUCUCUGACCACAGGGGGCAGUAAUGUGUCCAUCACAGCUUUGUGCACCAGCACCACCGGGACCCUCCAGUGUGCGGGGCUGAUCACAGCUGUUUUCAGAUGAUUUUAGAUGCUGUUCUGACUCAAAGUCCACUCGUCUUUAUUCUGACGUGACCUGAACGCAACACUUCAGCUGGAGUUAGCUUGUGUUAACUUAGCAGAUAUGAUUAAUGGCAUUUAAACUGGCUAGCUACCAGCAUCAGCAACUGUAAAGUGCAAUGUAAUGAUAAUGUCAUGAUGUACUGCUAAAGCAGGAAGUGAUGUACUGUAAUGUUCCUUUUUAUGUGUCCUUCCAGAAUAAAAGUCUAAUAUUUA